UGAAAAUGCUCUAAAAGCAUUUACUUUACACAACACAAUUUCACAUUGUAAAACCAAAAACUACACUUUUCUUUUUCGAACAAAAUUCUUUUUUGAAAUGUAUAUCAACUUUAAUGCAAUACUCGAAGAAGAAUUCGAUGCAAACUUUCUACGUACUCCUCAUAGAGAUAACUUGAACUGUACGCCCCCAGAUAUUUUAGAGUUUCCAAAUUUUAUGCGAAAGAAAAACAUUGGCUAUGUCAUUAUAUCGAUAUUAAUCAGCCUAUAUCUAUUCCUCAUACUAGCAAUAGUGUGUGAUGAUUAUCUGGUCCCAGCUAUGGAACGUUUAUGUUACGGAAUGCGAAUGUCAUAUGAUGUUGCUGGGGCAACAUUUUUGGCGGCUGCAACCUCGGCACCAGAGCUCUUUGUGUCCAUCGUGGGUACAUGCGUCACCAAAGGAGAUAUCGGAGUGGGAACUAUCGUUGGGUCAUCCGUAUUCAAUGUGCUUGGUAUAGCGGCAUUUUGUGGUAUUUUCGUAAGCGCGGCAACUCAAAUGGACUGGUGGCCAAUAACUCGAGAUACUUUCUGGUACAUGGUAUCCAUAUUACUGCUCUUCGGGGUUCUGUACGAUUCGAAAGUGGUGAUAUAUGAGGCAGCUGGUUUGCUGUCAUUCUAUAUCCUCUACAUAGUUGCAUUGGCAUGUGAUCGCCGUCUGCAAGGCCUAGUUGGAAAGCAAUUCGAUGAAGAUAAUAUAAUGAAAGAGAAUCCCAUGGAGCGAGAGGAAGAUCCUCUGAAAACAUUCAAGGAGACAAUUAUGGAAAGACCUGACCCAGAGGCUAAAUUGAUCGUAAAAAUUUGGUGGGCUAUCAAAUACCCAGCCGUUGUAUUGCUGGCCAUAACAACGCCAAGUGCUCGCUCAAUAUUCCCCUUGAGUAUGUUAUUGGCGGUGAUAUGGAUCAGCAUUAUAUCGUACUUUAUAACUUGGUUGCUCACCAUUGUGGGCUACAAUAUUGGGAUACCAGAUUCAAUCAUGGGACUGACCGUGCUUGCAAUCGGAACAAGUGUGCCCGAAAUUAUUUCCUCCUAUAUAGUCUGCAUGAAAGGAUACGGCUCUAUGGCAAUGUGCAAUGCAAUUGGAUCCAACACCUUCGAUAUUUUCAUCUGCCUGGGGCUGCCAUGGACAAUUAUGAUAUUGGCGAGCGGCAAAAACAUUCUAAUUAAUUCACAGGGGCUCUCAAUUACCACCGGACUGCUGAUUGGAACCGGUCUCUUGGUUUACAUAUGCUUUCUUAUCACCAAGUUUUCCCUUAACAAAUUUGUCGGCUGGUCCAGUUUCAUUAUGUACGUCUUAUUUUUGAUCAUCUCAUCUUAUAUCGAGGUCGUAACGCUACCGACGGUCUGCGAUAUUGAAUCCGAGGAUUAUUUGUUCCUAAAUUAUGACUAAUGGAAUGAUUUCAUUUCCAUUUAUCAUUUAAUAUCAACAACAUCAAGAUCAUUAUUUAAGAGCGUGCAAAAUUCAAUAAAUUACUUGUAUACAUACUCUAUGCUAUAUAUAAAAUGAAAAAUAAAGUUAUACAUUUGUUG